UGGCGCCUCCGUGUGCGACUUGAGCGUAUUGCUGUGAGUCUGUCAGCCGCCUGUCUUGACCAGCUGGCUCUGUGGCUCCCACCGGCUCUGUGCUGCGCGGGAAGAACUCUGGGGAACACUCAAGGCACACGAUGGUGCGGAGGAAGUGAUGUUUGAGGAUGUGGCUGUGGACUUCACUUUGGAGGAAUGGGCUCUGCUGGAUCCAUCCCAAAAGAAGCUCUACAGAGACGUGAUGUCAGAAACACUGAGGAACAUGUCUGCUAUAGAAACCUUGACUGACCAGCUAAUUGAAAAUAGGAGCACAUUUUGGAGAAGAAACCUAAGAAGUGAAGAUGUAGAGAAAUGUUACCGGUAUAAAAUAUGGAAUCCACAUAAAGAAGAGUGUUUUUGGACUUCAGACCCUAAUGUUACCAUGAAAACACUUGGUACACAACCAGCUGAAGGUUUUGCUUAUAGAAAUUAUCUGAUAGGUCAGGCAUCAGCGAACGUACCCAUCAGAGCUCACAAAUCAUGUGAGUGUCCGGUAUUGGAAGUGAAGCUGUCUACGUGUAAUGAACAUCAGGAAACCUGCAGUAAUUUCCAGUCCUUUCAGAAACAUGAAGCAACAAAAGCUGGAAAGAAACCCCAUGAAUAUGAGCGCUGUGGGAAAUCCUACUCUGAUCGCAGUGAACGAAGUCGCACUGGAGAGAAGCCCUUGGUACCUAAAGAAAAAGAUAAAGUCUAUAUAUGUAAGCAGUGUGACAAAUCUUUCAGAAGUAAAUCCUAUUAUAAAAUCCAUGAAAGAACACACACUGGGGAGAAACCCUAUAUAUGCAAGCAGUGUGGGAAAGCUUUCAUCAGCAACAGCAAUUAUAAAAAACAUGAAAGAAUUCACACUGGGGAGAAGCCCUAUGCGUGUAAGCAAUGUGGGAGAGCCUUCAGGAAAAAGAUUCAUUGUCAGAUACAUGAAAGGACUCACACUGGAGAGAAACCUUAUGUAUGCAAGCGAUGUGGAAAAGCUUUCAUCACACAAACCAAUUGUAAAAACCAUGAAAGAACUCACACUGGAGAAAAACCUUAUGUAUGUAUGCAAUGUGGGAAAGCAUUCAUGACACAAAGCAGUUGUAAAACCCACGAAAGGACUCACACUGGAGAGAGACCUUAUGUAUGUAGGCAGUGUGGGAAAGAUUUUAUCGCACGAUGUAAUUGUAAAGAACAUAAAAGAAAUCACUGUGGAGAAAAACCCUACGUGUGUAAGCACUGUGGGAAAGCUUUCACCACUCACAGUUAUUGUCAGACCCACGAAAGAAUUCACACGGGGGAGAAGCCGUACGUUUGUAAGCAGUGUGAGAAAACAUUUGUCACUCACAGGUCUUGUCAAAUCCAUGAGAAAUCUCACGCUGGGGAGAAGCCCUGUGUAUGUAAGCAGUGUGGAAAAGCAUUCACCACUCAUAGUUCUUGUCAAAUCCAUGAGAAAUCUCACGCUGGGGAGAAGCCUUAUGUAUGUAAGCAAUGUGGAAAAGCAUUUACCUCUCAACGUUAUUGUCAAACCCAUGAAAAAGCUCACACUGGACAGAAACCCUAUGUUUGUAAGCAGUGUGGGAAAUCUUUCAUCUCUCACAGUCAGCAUCAAAUACAUGAAAGAAGUCACACUGGGGAGAAGCCUUAUGUAUGUAAACAGUGUGGGAAAGCCUUUCCCACUCAAAAUGGUUGUCUAACACAUGAAAGAAGUCACACUGGAGAGAAGCCUUUUCUGUGUAAGCAGCGUGGGAAAGCCUUUCCUACUAGCGGUUCAUUUGGUCGACACAAAGUGAGUCACCCUGGUGAGAAACCCUAUGUAUGUGAUCAGUGUGGGAAAGCUUUUCCUUAUCACAGUUCAUUCUAUAAACAUCAAAGAAUGCACUGUAGAAGUCGUGUGCAUGUAAGCAGUGAUUGAAAGCUUUCACCAGUCACAUUGAUUUCUGAAGAUAUAAAAAUAGUCACACUGGAGAGAAACCUUAGGUGGAAUAUGUGAGAGCAUUUUGUGUUUCCCAUAAUUUCAGAAAACAUGAACAGUCACAGAGUAAGUAUGAAUAAUGUGGGAAGUCUUCAUUUAUACGUGAUUUUUUACACACACAUUGCAUUGUGGAGAAACCGUAUCAAUGCCUAUUGUUUGGGAAUACUGCUAGUCGUUAUCCUUAAUAUAUAUUUUAUGUGAAUACCUCUAGUCGUUUUGGUUUUAUUCACAGAGCACAUGAACACAGUACAGUGACAAGCCAUCUGUAUACAGGAAGUAUACAAGUAAUGAAGCAGAUUGUGUCAAAGCCCCGUGAGUGUGCAAGGUUCUCAAUUAUAAGUCAUCAACAUCUUUGGAACAUUUCUCAUGUGCAAAUUCAUACAAGUAAAUUGACAAUGUGAUGUCAGUUAUUUGUGUAAAAUUCUGCAGAAAGCGUACAACCAAAGGAGGUAUCCUAGAGGCUAAAUGUAGUGUGUACACCUGUAACUCAUAGUUUUUUUGGUGGUUGUUUUUGUUUUUUGGUACUGGGGAUCAAACUCGGGUCCUUGCACUUGCAAGGCAGG